GAAGUAAAGCAAAGCCCACUUUUGAGUCUCUGACAAACAAGCAAGAGGCGUUAUGAGAGAAAUGUAAGCAUAGUUUUUAUGCACUCACUUUGCAUUGUGUAAGAGUCUUUAGAGACUCAUUUCAGAGCACCAAGAAGAAAAUGCAAUGUUGAAUGUUCUACAAUGCCUCAAUCUCAUUCCAUCUUCUCCCUCUUCUUCUACUUUACCUCCGUUUUUCUUGCCAAAGUCUUCCAUUGCAUUCGUGCUAUUUCAUUUCUCCAAAGAAAACAGGAUGGAUGUGAAUAUGUUCUGUUUUCUGAUGGAGAGGAAGAUAAUAAUGAGUAUUGUCAAGAGCAAUCCAUACAGAAUAAUCGUAUGGUGGACGACAUCAUUGGAGACGGUGAAGCACUACCAUUUUUGCCUACCAGAAGCCUCCUGAAGGACCAAAUUUUUGCUGAAGAAAUUGUGGACCAUCACCAGCCUAUGUUCGAAGAGCCAGAGGAUGAAACUUAUGCCACAGAACAUUCAUCCAUCUAUACCACUCCGGCUUCAGAAUCCGAAAAUAAUAUGGAGGAGAUGGUUGAUUUAGAACAUAUCCUAAGAAGUGAUACUAAUUCUGCUUAUAGUUUUGAGGAAAAUGAUGAUUGGACCACCUCUCCAACGACCAUGGUGUUAAACAAAAGUAGCCUGGUGAUCAAUGUCAAAGACCACGAUGGAAACUGUGAUAGUGAAGAAAAUGAAAACAUGAAGGUCACAGAAGAUGAAAACUAUUUAUUUUUUGCACCAUCUGAGCUGAAGAACAAGAAGUAUCAAUUAUUUCAUGAACAAAAGGAUAGUGAAGAAUUUUUUGGCGAAUGGCGCACAGCCAAGUCCAAUUCUAAGAGCUCAUCUGAAUGGAAAAGCUCUACUAAUUGUAAGGAUUCGGGGACUGAAGAUCGAUUUUCGUGUUCUUCCAAUUGGGGGGAGUCCUACACAGUGCUCCAAAGAUAUGACAAAGAGAGGCUCUUCUUAGACAGAGCAAGUUCACAAAGGCUCCUUGAAACAGAGUCAGUGAAGUCUAUAGAGACAUGUCCAAGGUCGAUGUCAGAAAGGAUUGUUCAUAAUUUUGGGACAAAAAAUAAAAGGUCAUCGGAGGAAUUGGAGGCUGCUUAUGUAGCUCAAAUUUGUUUAACAUGGGAAGCUCUAAAUUGGAAUUACAAGUACUUCCAGCGUGCCAGAGGUUCGUGCCACGAAUUCGACCCUGGCUGUCCUGCACAUAUUGCUCAGCAAUUUCAACAAUUCCAAGUUCUUUUACAGCGAUAUAUCGAGAAUGAGCCUUAUGAGCAUGGCUGCAGACCUGAGGUUUAUGCCAGGAUUAGGAGCUUGGCUCCAAAGUUGCUUCAAGUGCCAGAAUAUAGAGAUUCUAAUGAUGAACAAAAGGAGGAAGUUUUUGGCUCAAGAAUAUCAUCGGUUUCUUUUCUUGUUACAAUGGAGGAAGCAAUCCGAACAUUCAUGAAAUUUCUCAAGGCAGAUAGGAAGAAUCGCUGCCAGUUAUUUGCAUCUUUCAUCAGGAGAAACCGAAGAGGCUCAAUUGAUCGAACUCUACUCCUUCUACUGAAAAAAGUAAAUAAAAAGAAGAAGUUGAAGCUUAAGGAUCUCCGGCGUGCUCGGAUGGGCUUAAGAAAAAGAACGUUAAAGGAGGAGGAAGAGAUGGAGAUAUUGAUGGCACAAAUAGACCUAAAAGUGGUUUCUAGGGUAUUGAAAAUGAGCGAUCUAAAAGAGGAGCAGUUGCACUGGUGUGAGGACAAGAUUAGCAAAGUUAGGGUUUGUGAUGGGAAACUACAAAGAGAUUCUUCACCACUUUUCUUUCCUGCUCAUUGACAUUGACCCACCAUAUAAUAUUGUUCUCUUUCUUGACCAGAUCAAGAAUGUGCAUGACUCCUUGGGAAUGUAUAUUUAUCUUAGACACCCACCAAUUUGUAGAUGAUGUAAGAAAAUGGAAGAAAUAGCCCACAAAUCAAAGUAACAAACUAUAUAUAUAUAUAUAUAUAUAUAUAUAUAUAUAUAUAAGUGGACAUAUACAGAUUUUGAAGAUUUAGAACCAUCAACCACUGAAAGGGCAGUACUAUAUGUUAUGAACACUGAAAGUGAAACAGCAACAAACCAUGGACCAUGAGAGGGAUACAGACUAGGGUAGCUUUAGUUCGCUGUAUCUUUUCAAUUAGCUAUGGGGUAUAUUUUAAGGUUUAAGCUGAAAUAAAUGGCAUAUCAAUGUUUGAAAAUUUUGUUUCUUAUU